GAGGCGAUAAGAUAUUGAUGAGCUCUGGAGGAGCACUGGAACCGUUUUGGACGCUAUUCGCUGUCCAUAAGACACGCGAAGUGUUCAAAAUGCUAGAGAAGUAUCGCAUUGGAAAUCUGGAUUCAAAGGACAGGACUGUUGGGAAACCGGGCGUCGAUAGUACUCCCGAUCCCUAUGAUAACGACCCGCCACGACAUCCGGUUCUAAGGGUCAGAUCUAAAAAGCCAUUCAACGCCGAACCGCCCGAAGAACUACUGACCCAACAGUUUUUCACUCCGAAAGAAAUAUUUUUCGUUAGGAAUCACUUACCGGUGCCUGAAAUCGAUAUCGAGAACUAUACCCUUGAGAUCGAGGGCUUUGGCCUCAAAGAGCCGAAGACUCUAACCUUAGAUGAGAUCAAAAAGAAAUUCCCGAAACAC